AUGGCGCUGGAUCCGCGCUUCUUUCGACACAUCGGCCAGAGCCCCGGCCCUGGCUCGAUCUCGUCUGCCACUUCAUCCGAAUCCUCCGCCUUCACCGGUAUCACCUCGCCCAGCGUGAUGUCGACGUCCGCAUCCGCCGUUACAAUGCGAUCAACUGCGUCCAGCCCGUCGCUUCGCGCUCGAGAAGGCGUGUCCGUAGCGGUCGGUCCGCAAGAUGGAAUGGCAAGCCCAUCACCCGGGGGCAAUGUGCGCGUCGUGGUGCGCGUCCGGAAGUUCCUCCAGAGAGAGAUCGAACGUCGGGCAGAAUGUCUCAUCGCAAUGGAUCCCCAUACCCAAAUGACCAGCCUUCAAGCACCGAAAGCAAACACCGGAGACCGAGGAAAGCCCAAAUCGCAAGCACGUGGGAAGGUCCUCGAGGACAAGUCGUUUAUCUUUGACAACUCAUUCUGGUCGCAUGAUGAGGAAGACGACCACUAUGCGCACCAGGAGGACGUGUACAACUGCCUGGGCGAGGAAUUCUUGGAUCACAACUUCGAGGGAUACCACACGUGUAUUUUCGCGUACGGCCAGACGGGUUCGGGCAAGAGUUACACCAUGAUGGGCACACCUGAGCAGCCGGGCUUGAUCCCUCGUACCUGCGAAGACCUGUUCCAGCGCAUCGAAACAUCGCCAUCCCCCGACAUCAGCUACAACGUUCGAGUAUCAUACUUUGAGGUCUACAAUGAGCAUGUCCGAGACUUGCUGGUUCCGCGGACUGACCCCCCGCACUAUCUCCGGAUCCGCGAGUCUCCAUCGGAGGGUCCGUAUGUGAAAGACUUGACGGAGCUAACGGUAAGGAACUACACCGAGUUGAUGAAAUAUAUGCGAAAGGGCGAUAUGUCGCGCACCACCGCAAGCACCAAGAUGAAUGAUACCUCCUCGCGGUCACAUGCCGUUUUCACCAUCACAUUGAAGCAAAUUCACCACGAUCUUUCUACGGACGAGACGACAGAGCGGACGGCACGCAUUCGAUUGGUCGAUCUUGCGGGUUCCGAGCGCGCCAAAUCCACCGAAGCAACAGGCGCACGACUGCGUGAAGGAUCGAACAUCAACAAGUCAUUGACCACCCUUGGCCGAGUCAUUGCGGCUCUGGCUGACUCGAAGAAGCCUCGAGGAGGCAGAAAGGGCAAGGAGCUGGUGCCGUACCGUGACUCUAUCCUCACAUGGCUCUUGAAGGAUAGUCUCGGCGGAAACUCCAAGACCGCGAUGAUUGCUUGCAUUUCACCCGCCGACUACGAGGAGACGCUUUCAACGUUACGCUACGCCGAUCAAGCCAAACACAUUCGCACCAGUGCUCGGGUCAACCAAGACCAUGUGUCAGCUGCUGAACGUGACCAGCAGAUCGCCGAUAUGGCGGAGACCAUCCGUACCUUGCAGCUGAGCGUGAGCCAAGCCAACGCCAACCAGCGUGCAACUGAGAUACAGGACGAGAGGCUGGAGGAGUAUCAGCAAAAGGUAGAGAAGAUGCAACGGCUGAUGGAGGAGACCAAGAUGGUGAGCGAGUGCAAGAUUCGCCAGUUGCAGACCGAAAACGAGGCACUUAGGAUGCACUUGAAGCUCGCCCUCGACAGUCUCAAGAACCCUAUCCCACCUGUCACUCUCGAGCAGUCACGCCAACCUAGCCUGGCAUCAUUUGUGGAAGAAGAGCAAUUACCUACCCGCGACCAGGAGAACCGCGAGGGCUCCCCGGUGGACCCUUCUGACUCCGAACCAGAGCUCUGGGAAGACGAUCACGAUGAAGAAGAAGUUGAGACCGCUUCCUGGGAUUCCAAUGAACAGGAGGCAUAUCAUAUGCAGGAGCGCAUGCAGGACCUGCUCGGUGAUCUGGGAGUGUUCAAGCGCAAGCUGGCAUCCGACCACGAACGUUGGCGUCUCAAUGAUCAGUCGAGGACCCACAAGCGACGCGUGCUGGGGACGAUAGCUGCCAACAUUCGUUAG